AUAAUUUGCAUUUUCCAGUUUCUAAUAUACAAUAACAUGUUUUCUGAUGUAUAGUCCUUAAUAGAGGCUUCCUCUGUGUGAUAUUUCACGAUGGCUUCAGCUGGACAGAAAGAUGCUGAAUACUCAUUAGAUGAAGAAAUGUGUUCAUUGGACAUUGGAAAGAAAACGGGCAGCCCUAGUCAGUUGGGGGAGUCAUAUGACACAGAAGAUUGCUUGGAGCAGACUUAUCAAAUGAAGGGAAACGCAAAAGAUAAUCUGAUACGGGACUUGGAAAGAAAGACCGAUAGCAUGAAGGAGUCGGUCGCGAAAUUACAAAAAGAGAAUAGCAUUGAUUCGAAACUUGCAAAAGCCGCUUUUCAAGCAAAUUUUGGGAAUUUUCACAAAGCGUCAAAAUGGCUGGGUUUCGUUGUCGCAAAUGAAAAAGUCAUGUUGGUUAAAAGAUUGGCAACUUUGUUUGAUCGCCAAAUUGAAAUAUUUUUGAAAAGAGCCACUGUUUUAAAACUUGUUGAUCAGUUGGGCGAAACGAUAGCAAAAGCAGCAGUUCAGGCUAAUCCGACACUAGAUGUUGAUUCAUGCAUGGACUGGGCCGAGAAGAACAAACUCAACGAGGGUUCAAUCACAUCAUUAUCUGAAGAGUAUGAUCAAAAUUUGAGUAUGCUGAUGAAAAUAUACCAAGUUAAAAUACUGGUUACAAAAUAUGGGAUGAGUGCUACAGAAGCAAAAGCCUCAGUCUAUCAGACUAAAGGAAACAUCAAGGAAUGCAUGAAAUGGGUGCGAAGCAAUAAGGAAAACUAUGGGGCUGUCGGGAUAUAUUCAAAGUUAUUUGAACAUGAAAUUGAGGACAAACUGAUUGGGCAGAUAUUCUUGACUUCAGAACCCGAAACCUCGCCAUCCUUGAAUAAGAAAAGUAUGGAAGACUUACAGAUGCAUAGGUCUCAAAAAGAUGUUUCACAACCUGCCAAUAUUGGGCAGGGCUUUGUUCCAAAGAUGAGUCAGUCCAAAACAGUGGGCACAGACGGAGGGGUGAUUACUAUUGGUGGAAAUAAAAUACAUAUACCCCCCGGUGCCUUGAAAAAAGAAAUUCAUUUGGAUAUAACAUUGAACCAUGAGACUGACAAUGUAUCUGAUAUCGGGGUCCCAAUUACCCCCAUCCUGUCGUGCGUCCCUCAUGUUGAAUUUGAUAAGCCUGUUAAAGUCGGCCUCUCGACUUGUUUUAGCGCGAUAGGCUCUGAUAAAAUUUCAGCGAUUGUUUUUGGUCGUAAAGAUGUUGAUUCGGAAUGGAAAGAGACACAAAAAUUGCGUCUAGGCCGUAAAAAUUAUCUUGAAUUCGAGGUUUUGCAUUUUUCUGAUGAUGUCAUAGCGGUUUCGGAAGAAGAUUGUGAAUUAGGUGAAAUUCAUCUUAUUAAUGAUGUUUUUAUUGAAAAAGACACCGAGUAUGUUGCGUCGUUUUUUUUCAUUGAUUUUACGUUUUACGAAAAAACGCGGGAAAAUUUACGAGAUCGAAAUAUCGUACAAAUCCUCAUGAGUGAGAGAGAGAUAAUCACGAAAAUGGGUGCAAAGAUAAGUCUUCGUAUUGACUGCAAGCAUCCACAAUCAACUGCAAUGACGUCGUGUGGUAACCAAACAGUCCAAGUCACCCCCUCUUUCCUAAAGAAACGAAAGCACGUUGUUUAUUUCACCUUUGACCCCGAGCUCGGAGGAUACAAGGGACGUAUCAACAUGAGAUAUUACACAAGGGUUGAGGGAGAAGAAGAAGAAGUUUCUCCUCUCGGAACGUCAUGGCCGAUUGUCGUGAAGAGGGAUUCGCCGAACAUUCAUUUCACUUACGACGCGAGUACAAAAACAACAGCUAACGUCAUAGCUACUGAGGGAGGGACUGCAAACGUGUCAAGCAAGAAUCCAGUGUAUAAAGCUGGAUGAGGGAAUUUCUGGGCUCACAAAAUAUAUUAUUUGAAAUUAUUUCAUAUGAAAAAAAUGUUAACAAUACUGUAUUCUGUUUACAACAUCAAGUUCAGAUUUAUCAGCAAAACUCCUGUUCACUUACAUAUAUUUGUUAUCACGAAAAGUUCAAUUUUCAAUUGAAGCAUUCUAGGUGUGGCGCAUCGUGCCCACCGCCGCACCUCUGAUUAGCCUGCGGGGGUUAGCAGGUUCGAAUCCUGUUCAAGGAUAACUAUGUGCGAGAGGAUUGCUGGACUCCUCGUCGACACAGGGUGGUUCACGUAACCGCUGGUCGGUUACGGCUUCUUCCACCAUCAAGUCCAUGCUUCCGAGAAACAAAUAACUGGCUAACUAGUCCCAUAUACGACAUGGACUAGCCGCUGACAAGAAGGCAUGGUUUUCCUGGAUGAAUAUGUAAAUCCUAAUAUUGUUAAGAUUGCUAGUAAAGUUGAUGCUUUCUGAUAUUCCAUAGAAAAUUUUGGGUGCUCUCGAAGUAUGCGAACCAAGAUGGCGGACAUCGGAACGUAACAUGGGUAACAGGUUAGGGUUAGGCGAUAAUUUUUUUCCAAUUUUCCUUAUUUUAGUCCUAUUAUCAGUUCGAAGACUAGCCAAGAGCCUCCCGUAGCAUUCAUACCUAAAAUUAUGGCCUAACCCUAACCUAGUACACAUGUUACAUUCCGAUGUCCGCCAUCUUGCUUCGCAUACAUCGGGAGCCCGAAAUUUUGAGUCAAAGUCCAUUUCCACAGCCUUUUUUAUCAAUUUGCAUUUUUUAUCAUGAAAAGUUCAAAUGUUUUACACGUACUAUGUUCCGGUGUUUGCCAUCUUGGUUCACAUACUCCGGGAGUUCCAAAUGUUUGAUAUUUUAUGUUCUUGUUAACCAUGAGAGCCUUAUUUGCCAUGACUGUAAAAAAUAAUAAACUAAUCAAAUCACUUUUAUCUGCAAUCUAUUUGCUUAAUCUAAUUUCUAAAAACUGUAAACAAUAUAAAACCAACUACUCUACCGUUCUUCUUAACUAUCCAGCAUUUUAAAAUCCAAAUUAAUAUUAUAAAUUUUUAUGUGUUGUUUGUUCUAUAUAUCAGAUAUUUUAAAAUAUUAUUUGUAUUUUAAUGUAUUUGGAAUAAUGAAUUAUUAGCCAUUUACCGUGCUCUUACUUUUCUCAUUUAAAGUUGCCGAAAUUCAAGAAUUGCCAAAAAUGUAGAGUUUUCACAUUUUUUUAUUUCUUAAUUACACCUUAUGUUUUACUUUAUAUAUUAUUGUCUUCAAAACCCAAUGCAAACUCUCUGUAAACUCUUCAAACUGUAGCAAAUUUAUAUAAACUUUGAUAUCUCAUGUUUCAAAUAG